AAAGCUAACGUCUGUUAGCUUUCGCUGCCUCGCUCCAGUUUUGUUGACAAACUAGCCCGUCCGCUAGUCGCUGUUUCAGCCUUUAGCUGGUCAUUUUCUUAAGCAGUAUCUUCUGGUAGAGGCAUGGGACCCAGCUCGGACUGUUCUUCUCAAUUCUUCAGUGAAGUAAUAUCAGAAAAAGGCCCAUAUCACCUUCUUUCUCGUCGCCAUGGACCGGAAUAAACGCAACUCUAUUGCUGGGUUCCCUACAUGGCCUGAACGCCUCAGCGACGACAGAGACGGCAAUGGAGGGAUAGGGAACUGUGAGAUGGGCCCGCCUUCCCAGGUGGGCCGGGUGUGUCCGUCCUCGUACAGAGCCCUCAUCAGUGCCUUCUCCUGCCUGACACGCCUCGAUGACUUCACCUGCGAGUGGAUUGGUUCAGGGUUCUUCUCUGAUGUCUUCAAGGUUCGACACCGAGCCUCCGACCAAGUUAUGGCUCUGAAGAUGAACAAACUCAGCAGCAACAGAGCUAACAUGUUGAGAGAGGUCCAACUAAUGAACCGGCUGUGUCACGCAAACAUCCUCAGGUUUAAGGGAGUGUGUGUCCAUGAGGGCCAGCUUCACGCCCUGACAGAGUACAUCAAUGGUGGAAACCUGGAACAGCUUCUAGACGGCAACAAACACCUGAGCUGGCCCAUGAGGGUGAAACUAGCCUGUGAUAUCGCCAGCGGUGUCGCUUACCUGCACGCCAAAGGGAUAUUCCACCGGGACCUCACCUCCAAGAACUGCCUAAUCAAAUGUGAUGACAACAGCUACACAGCAGUGGUGGGAGACUUCGGCCUGGCUGAGAAGAUCCCCGCUAAUCUCGCUGAAGGAGAGAAGCUCUCAGUGGUUGGUUCUCCGUUCUGGAUGGCUCCUGAGGUCCUGAGAGAUGAAUCGUACAACGAGAAGGCUGACGUGUUCUCCUACGGAAUAAUCCUGUGUGAAAUCAUUGCAAGGAUCCAGGCCGACCCCGACUUUCUUCCUCGCACCGAGAACUUCGGCUUGGACUAUCACACGUUCCAGCACAUGGUUGGAGACUGUCCGCCGGACUUCCUCCAGCUGGCCUUCAACUGCUGCAAUAUGGAUCCUAAACUCCGUCCAUCGUUUCCAGACAUCGUCCGGCAGCUGGAGGAGAUCCUCGCUCGCCUUAAAGUUGCAGAGAUGGAGCAGGAGUGCGAUUCGCUCAGCGGGGACAACGAGAAGAAAACCAUCCCCAAAAGUGAGAAGAUCCAGGGCUUCAAACGACUGAACCCUCUGGGCUGCCAGAACGAUAAAAUCCCUCCCAAAUCCCCCCGUCCCAGACGAAACAUUUGGCUCAGUCGCAGCCAAUCGGACAUCUUCUCCUGCAAAACAGGAAGGAAAAUCAACGUUCAGGACCCUUACUACAACCCCCCCACCUCUCAGAGGACCUUCAGAACUCGUAAAGUCAACCCUUUCACUGCUAGAGAGGACCUUUGUGGGGGCAAGAUCAAGUUUUACGACGUUCCCAGCAAGUCUGUCUUCUCGCUGGUAUUUGACCUCCACUCGCCUCCAGGAAGUGUUUUCGGUAACCAGGCGUCUGCUCACGGACCAGGAGGAUCCCAGCAGGAGGCGUCUUUUUACUGGCAGCAGCUGCCAGGAAGACAAUGCCACUCCUUACCGGUGUCCCCCCAACUGCCCCGGUCAGAGAUGUUCAACCUCGCAGCUGCUGUUUGCUCCAGCAACAACGGUUCUGUUACCUGCACGUCCAGUCAGCUGUCCGCCACUCUUCCAGCCACGAACUCCAAGUCCGACACGGCGCCGGUAUUAAACGACGUCCGGCAGAAGGUGGUGCUGGGCGGCUGGGCGAAGAAAUACGUGGUGGUAGAGAUCCCGCCUUUCUGCCGGCAGAGAGGGGGGGACGAAGACGGAGAGGCGGAGGGGAGGACGGAGGAGACGAGCCGCGAGAGCUGUUCUCCGAUGCUCACCGGCAGCGAGACGGACAGCGGCGAGGCCAUGGACUGCUCCGGCGGCCGAGAGGAAGAGGAGAAACGGGAGAGAGGAGCGGAUACGUGCCCGGUGUGAAACAAAAUAAAUAAAUUACACAAACGGAUGUUUUCAGCACAAGUUACAGACUCUGAUUUCUGGUUGUCGAGACGCAGAGACCGUUAAAGAUUAGAAAAAACGUGCAAAGAUGCCGCCUGUUUUUUAUUAAUCUUUCAAGUGAAUGUAUUGCGUUUUGGAUAAAUGUUUGAUUUAGAUAAAGAGCUAUUUUUCAAAGCUAUCGCCCAGGUAGGACUCUCUGGUUAGCACGAAAAGCUUUUACCCUCACACAGCUUAAAAAUUAUUUUCUGGAAAAGCUGUUUGUAUUUAAUAUUGUGAGAUGUAGAGUUUUUUCUUUAAACUUUUGUGUUCGUCUCGUCUUUGAUGCGGGGUAUUGAAAACCCCUCGUGUCGUGUGUGAGUUUAAAAAUCAGAAGUCCGUUCUGUUUUUCUUGUUCAAUGCCAGACAAAAGGAAGCCCCACUUUUUUUCUGAACGACCCGCCCUCACAUUGAUAUUUCCUUUUAAUUUAUUAUACGUGUGUGUGAAAAACUCGAUACAAAUAAUUCCUAACGUUUUCUAGAAAGCUCAAAUUUAAAAAGGCAGCGUUGGAAUUUGAGUUAAAAUCCACUAAAAUCUGCCUUUUGACGGCAGCAAUGAAUUUAAGGAGGGGAUGAUUAAAAAUGGAUUUGUUGAACUUGUUUAGGUCAGAACACAUUUAUUGUAAUUGUUUUCAUGGACUCUUUAUGGUGUUUUGCACUGUUUUUAUUUUUUUAUACUAACUCAAUACAACAGCAGUGGCCUAUUAAAGGCAAAAUGUCCAUUUCA